UGGCUCGAGAACACGGAGGGCGGGGCCAACAAAAACUGCACAUGGGCGAGCCCGCAAACUGAGGACAUUUAGUUCCAACCGAAGGCGAGCUGCUCGUCGCACUCUCACAACAAGAGGUGAUCUCCAUCGAGCAGGACGCGUUGGACUUGUCCUCUCAGAAGAUUUAUUUACACAACGACUCGUUUUCUGAACUGCCUUUUUGUGCGGGAUUUGUUUUUUGUUUUUUGUUUAUAUUUCCGUGAGAUUUUGCAGACAUUUUGAAUCAUCAGAUUUAUUGUAGGCCUAUUCCUCUUUUUUUCUCUUACAUCGAUCAAGAUAUUCCUGAGGACAUGGGGACACACAACCCUGGAGUUAUAACCUACAUCUCCUCCAGCCCGGAGUCCUUCGCGAUGAGCGCCGGCCCCGGCCGAGGCUUUGUGGCCGCGCCGGCGCCCCGCUCGUCGCUGCCCAGCAGGGCCGUCGGCAUGGUGCUGGACAUCUCCCCGGCGGCCAAGAGCGGCCACCAGCGCGGCCACGCCGCAGAGAAGGCCGGGCGCUCCACCACGUCUUCCAAGAGCAGCAUUACCAAAAUUAACGGCAUGGUGCUGCUGUGCAAGGUGUGCGGCGACGUGGCCUCGGGCUUCCACUAUGGCGUCCACGCCUGCGAGGGCUGCAAGGGCUUCUUCAGGAGAAGCAUCCAGCAGAACAUCCAGUACAAGAAGUGUCUCAAGAUGGAGAACUGCACCAUCAUGAGGAUCAACAGGAACCGCUGCCAGCAGUGUCGGUUCAAGAAGUGUCUGGCCGUCGGCAUGUCCAGAGAUGCUGUCCGAUUUGGCCGCAUCCCAAAGAGGGAGAAGCAGAGGAUGCUGCUGGAGAUGCAGAACGCCAUGAACAACAUGAUGAGCAGCAGCGGCCAGCUGCAGAGCAUGCUGCACGGCCACCAGAGCCCGCCGCUGCCCGCCGAGCCCGAGAGCGGCUCCUCGCCCGCCUCUUCCUCCUCCUCCGCUUCCGACUCCCUGUCGUGCUCCAGCCCCUCCUCCCCGCGGUGCCCUCAGGGCUCGGAGUGCGUGGUUUCCAUGGACACCAGCUCCAGCUCGAGCUCGUCCUGCGCGUCGGACAGCGGCGAGGACGAGUCCGUGGCGGUGGCGAGCAGGCGGCGCCGUGAUGCGUUUGCCUGCGUCCAGCAGAGGUCGCCCGGGUGGGACCGGGCCUCGCCCCUGACGGGGGCGGUUGCCCCCCAGCAGGCGGGCUGCGGCGGCCGCAUGGCGGAGGAGCAGAAGCAGGGGAGCCGGAGCUGCUGGAACAGCAAUGUGGUUGCCGGGGGUUACCAGGACCGCUUUUACACAAACAGUCCGCCCGUCGGCAACACUGCUUACAGGGAGGAGAGCGAAGUUCACCAGCAGCAGCAGCAGCAGCUCUACAGCGCCCCCACCUGCAAAGCUUCAGAAGACAGACAAAGACAAGGCUUCAACACACAAUCUCCCUCCAGAGGCUACACCGGACCGACCAGCUGCGUGAACAACAGACCACACUUGGUCUGUCCAAUGAACUCGUCCCCUUACGUGGACCCCCGCAAGCCCAGCCAGGAGGUCUGGGAGGAGUUCUCCCAGAGCUUCACGCCCGCCGUGCGGGACGUGGUCGACUUCGCCAAGAGCAUCCCGGGCUUCCGCGACCUCACCGAGCACGACCAGGUCGGCCUGCUGAAGGCCGCCACGUUUGAGGUGCUGAUGGUCCGCUUCGCCUCUCUGUUUAACGUGGCUGAGCGCACCGUGACCUUCCUGAGCGGCAAGCGCUACAGCCUCGACGCGCUGAGGUCGCUGGGCGCCGGCGAGCUGCUCAACUCCAUGUGCGAGUUCAGCGAGAAGCUGGCGGCGCUGCGGCUCGACUCGGAAGAAAUGCGCCUCUUCACGGCCGUGGUGCUCGUGUCAGCCGACCGCUCAGGGAUUCGGGACCUGAGCUCCGUUGAGGCCCUGCAGGACCAGCUGAUCCGGGGCCUGAGGAACCUGGUGAUGCAGAACCACGGCGAGGAGUCCGCCACCUUCACCAAGCUGCUGCUCAAGCUGCCCGAGCUGCGCACGCUCAACAACAUGCACUCCGAGGAGCUGCUCUCCUUCAAAGUGCACCCUUGAAAAGAGCCCCCCCCCACCCCCCCCCCCCGACUUCCACCUCACCCGCACACCUCCAGCAGGAGCUGCCUCGCACGUCGCCCUCCUCGGUCCACACCCCCCCUAGAAUGUAUUAAGAGUUGUUAUUGGUUGUUCAAUGGAACCCCCGGCGAGAAAAUAAGGUUGGGGCGUGCUGUAUUUAUAGAAGCUAGGAGGGCCGACUGGCUUCAUGGGAAGAUGCGAGCAGGAACCAAUGAGUCGCUCAUCAGGACGCUAAGGACCUCUGACCGAUGUGUCCUCUGACCGGCCGAGGGACGUGAGAGGCGCUGUGAACCCGACACGUCGGGUUGGUCCAAUACUAUUGACUGAUGGAGGCUGUACCGAAUGAGACCUGUUCGAGUUCUCGCGUCUCGGUUUCCCUGUAAAUAGUGUCAGGUUUUUUUUUUUUUGUCCAUGUCCGUGUGUCCCUUCAGGUUGUCUGGGGGAUUUGGUGACGCCAUGUAUUUUUUUUUUUCCUCAUGUUUUUGAGCAGAACAUUUAAACCCUCAAACAUGUUUCUGCUGUUUCCCCCACUUAUUUUUAUGUUUUUUGGCGCCUUGUCUGCUUUUAGCACGGCACGGAAUUUUAAUGUUUGUCAUCCAUUCUGUUAAAACAUGUUCCUGCAACUGGCAACACGGCCAUAUGUAAAUAACUGUAUAAAUAUAUAAAUUUCGAAUGGACAUAGAAUAUAAAUAUGAUAUAGUAUGAAUAAAUACAAGUGAAGAAUA